CAGUGCUGCCGGACCAUGGCGAAGGGAUACCGGGCCUCCAGGAGGAGCUCUACCGGGACCGGAGCAUCCUCAGCCCCGUCCCCGGGAAAGAUAUCAGGGCCAGGGGAUGUUAUGAUACUCAAAGACGGAUCUGUACGCGUGGAGCACCAAACAUGUGAAGGCAAAUUCAGCCCUUGCACAACAGCAGAGGUGAUUGAGUCUCUUGGGAUCAUGAUCUAUAAAGCGCUGGACUUUGGGCUGAAGGACAAUGAAGAGCGAGAGCUGAGCCCACCUCUGGAGCAGCUCAUCGACCUCAUGACCAACAUGGCCGACUCUGACCCCUGUCCUGACGAAGGAUAUGAGGCAACAGAGGAAGAGGAGGAGGCAGACGAAGACUCUGACGGGGUCCACAGUGUCCAUGGAUACAGAGACAUACUCAAGUUGUGUACUGCUCACCUGCCCAGCUUGUCAAAUGCCUCCUGUCACUAUCAAGCCGUGUGCCGGGCACUUUACACUGAAACAAGGGAGUUACGCACAUUUCUGGAGAAGAUCAAAAGUGCCAAAGAAAAUCUGCGUAAAAUGGAGGAAGAUUCCUCAGAGGAGCCUGGCCAAGAGCUCAAUGAACUACAAAAUGCAGACUGGGCACGGUGCUGGGUACAGGUGAUGCGGAACCUUCGUGACGGAGUAAAGCUGAAGAAGGUGCAGGAGCGUCAGUACAACCCUCUGCCCAUUGAGUACCAACUCACCCCCUAUGAGAUGUUAAUGGAUGACAUUCGCUCCAAAAGAUAUAAACUGCGCAAAGUCAUGGUGAAUGGGGACAUUCCUCCCAGAUUAAAGAAAAGUGCCCAUGAAGUCAUCCUGGAGUUCAUCAGAUCUAGACCUCCUCUCAACCCUGUCUCAGCGCGUAAGUUGAAACCUCCAGCGCAGCCCCCUCCCACUCUUCAUGAGCGAAUCCUGGAGGAGAUCAAGUCUGAGAGGAAACUGAGGCCUGUGUCACCUGAUAUGGUCCGCAAAAGCAGGCUAGUAAUUCGGCCACUUAGCAUGUCUGUCAGUUUUGAUGCGUCAGAUGAGUUCAGUCCCUACAUGGGUAGGAGGACGUCGAGUACCCUGUCACUGCUGAAUGGGGCAGGUGCAGCAGAGGGAACCUCCAGGACCGAGGCCCCAGGGUCCCAGUCAGCCCCUCAGAGAAAGAGGCUGCUCAAGGCCCCCUGUCUGGCUGAACUUGAAAGUUCGGACUCAGAUGAUGACAUGUUUUUACGGACAUCAGCGAGCAGCUCUAGUGUGGCCACAUCAAUGAUGGAUGAUACAUCACCAGAAUCAGUCAUUGGCAAAAAAACUCCACCCAUGUUUUUGCCGAUUUCAUCCACUCCUCAGCCCGAGAGACGCAAGACGCCUCAGAGAAGGCACUCCAUAGAAAAAGAAACUCCUACCAACGUCAAACUGUUCCAGCCGCCCUCCAGACAGAGCUCCAAGUCUCUGGAGGAGUUCUGUUUCCCAGUGGAGUGCCUGUCCCUCACUGUGGACGAGGUGAUGCACAUUCGACAGGUUUUGGUCAAAGCUGAAUUGGAGAAGUUUCAGCAGUACAAAGACAUCUACACGGCUCUCAAAAAGGGCAAGCUUUGCUUCUGUUGUCGGACAAAGAGAUUUUCCUUUUUCACCUGGUCAUACAUUUGUCAAUUUUGCAAAAAACCUGUUUGUUCACAAUGUUGCAAAAAGAUGCGGCUGCCGUCCAAACCCUACUCCAGCCUACCCAUCUAUUCCAUUGGCUCCACAAACACUCUGCCCCGGGACAGGUUAACUGCCAUGGCCUCAGUGGGGCAGGGGCUCUCAGUGGCACCAGGGCCCUCCACUGCACCAGGACCCUCCACUGCACCAGGACCCUCCACUGCACCAGGACCCUCCACUGCACCAAGACCCUCCACUCCACCAGUGGUGACUGAAGCUUCACCAUCUCCAAAUCUGAGGGCUGCUAGACUCAAAGCAGUAGGGAAGGCCUCAUCUGUGACGUCGGCUCCUCAGCCUCAGAAAGGAGACAAAUCCUCCAGCAGUUCACAACGCCAUGGCCUGCAAAAAACUAUGUCCAAAUUCUCCAAACAUGGCUCCCUGAAAUCCCACGAGGAGCUGGAGCUACCGUCUGAGCUGACGGAGGACUGGGCCUCGAUGGAGGUUUGUGUGGACUGCAAGAAGUUCAUCUCUGACAUCAUCGCUUCCAGCAAGCACAGUCUGUCCCUGGCCACCAAAAGGGCCCGCCUAAAACGCAAGACCCAAUCCUUUUACAUGUCUUCUCCUAAGGGGAGGGAGGAGUACCGGCCUUCAGAAAGAACAAUCAAUGAAAUAUAAACUAUAUAUGGCACAUAUGUGGAGAUGGGAUCCAUUUUUCUAGGACUUGGAUGGAUGGAGUCAAUGGCUCUGUCUUUUAUGUGUACAGCUCUUACAGACAAUUAUAAAACACCAACCAGUCAAAAUAUUAUGGCCACUGUAAGGUGCACAUGAAUAAUACAAAUUAUGUGCUCCUCAUUCUGUUAUUGAGAAGCAUAUACAGUAUAGAGCAACAAUGAAUCUUUUUUUUUUUAUCAUGGAUAUGUUUAGAGCUGAAUGCUUUAAAGGCUUUGAACAAGCUUGUCAAUGGCUAAAUUAUAUGUCUCUGUAUAUGACACUGUUUUAUGAUAAAAUACAAUGGUGCAUAUUAGCUUUGUGGUCAUAUUAUUUUGCCUGAUUGUUGCUCGCCUUUGUUGUCAAUCCUUUAAUCUCUGGUCUGAAGCUUGACAAGAAUUAAAAUGGUUGCCAAUGCAAAGUGGGGACGGCUCCAUCUUAUUCUGGACAAUAAGCACAACUGAGAAGGAGGAUAUUAUGGACCCUGGCAAGGGACGCGCAAGCCACAUCGAUCAGGUUGUAAACUAGAGAAACACAAGAGUAUAUAUGCCAUACUUUUUAUAUGUUUUUGGUUUAGAUUUUUUCGUGUGUGAGUAAUACAGUACAUGGCUGUUUAAUGGAGAGCUGCACAGUGUUAGUAAUGACUUUUCUCAUCAUUACUGGUAAGAAUGAAGGAAGAAACUAUCCUCUUUUGUCACAGAUAUGGGCAAACUACAGUGCCAAAUAAAUGAUAUAACCCAGAUGCCCUUUAAUAAUCCUAAAAUAUAUGGAUUAGGCUCCCCUUAGAGCCAGCACUAACCAACAGAAUAACUGGCUUAUAAGUAGGGUUAUUUUUUGCAAUAAUUUGGAGUAUGAAAAAAAGUAGUGUGCAUGUCCUGUCUGAGUUUCUGCAGGUCCUGUCUGGCUUCCUCCUGCCACCUAAGAACAUGCAUGUGUCUGGACAAUUUGGUGAAGCUCAAUCGUCAACAUUCCUUGACAGGGAAUUUACAUAACAACACUUGGAGGGUAUAACCCUGUCUGUUACUGUCUGUGGGUUUCAUGCACUCUGACCCUAAAACAUUGAUAAGAGUCAAAACUAGGAAAGGUAAAGUAAGUAAAGUAAGAUUCAUACUAUUAAAGAUGCAUUGUGUAAGUUUUCUGGUGGAGGGUCCAUCAAAUGCUUUUCUCUGCUGAGAUGUUAUCGUUCUGUCUGGAAUGUUUCACAGUAUGGCAUUAAAUCUUUCUAUCUUCAUGGAGAUCAAAUCAGACCAAAUUACAGGUCAGAUCUGUGGAGAGGCAACCCCACUCACAGUCAGAAUGCCUUUUUUCUAGGUAUUUCUGAGCUAUAAAGCCACCUGUAAUUUAAUAAAUGUAAGUUAGAACUGUUUAAUGUCAUAGUGUGGAACAUUUUAGACAGAGCAAUGACAACUACAUGGAGAAAAGCAUUUGACAGACUGCGAUUUUCCUGUAUGCUUUUUGUGCAAAGUAUCUGAAGAAAAGGCAGUCUAACGUUUUUUCUCAGUGCUAUACUUAAGAACACUCAGUACUAACCCCAAAUUAAAGCACACAAAUUCUUUAACUGUGGAGAAAUAUUCCCAUUAUUUUUUCUAAAUAAUUUUGAAUCAUGUCUUGGCAGAAAAAUAUUUACAUAAAACAUACACUUUGGUAGAAUUUAUUAAAAUUAGUUUUUCUUCAAACAUUUCAGACAACGUACCAUUUAAUUAACUCACAAAUAUAGAAGACAUUAUUUAAACUGAAAAGUAUUGAAGGGAGAAUUAGGCGUAGGUUUAAUUGGGUCAAAAAUCUGUUUUAGCCCAAGAUUAGCCUUGAGACACAAUUUAAUUCAUUACAUUUGCUGGGUCAUAUCUUCCAUUCAGUCAAUUUAUGUUUGUCCAGCCCAAUAUAAGGCAAACACCUCAUCAAAAUGUGGUAUGACCAUCUGUUACAAAGUCACAAAAUAAAACACUUAUCUGUCCUCAUUUAUGAUAUAUUUUUACUGUAUUUUAGAUGGAGAUCAACUCUAUUCUAGUAUAAUUAUUCUGUUUAUUUACACAUUUAUGCCUUAGUCCAUUUACUUUUAUUCUCCUAAACUGAACUUUAACAU